AUGUCUAUCAGUGAUAUCGUCACCGAUCCCUCGCUGCUGCCUGUGUUGCAGACCAGCGCCGAGACACGGGAACAAUGCCAGAAGCUGUUAUCUUUGUUAGAUCCUUCGACGCAAACUCCCUCCUCAGACCCGGGAGAGGCAGUCCAGGCUGCUUCUAAACAGCAGAAGCAAUUGUUCGCACUUCUAGCUCAGCUGCGCGGCCAGAAUCGGGAUGCUAUUCUUCGGGUCCGCCAGACAAAGCAAUUUACUGCAGAGGCGCGUCAAGAGGUCGAUCGGUUACAUCUCCAACUUCAAAACUUGUACUAUGAGCAGCGACAUCUGACAGGAGAAAUCGCUGCUUGCGAAUCCUAUGAUCACAAAUAUCUUGCUCUCCCAUUGAUCCCCGUGGAGGAGUUCCUUACGCUACAUCCGGAACACAGAGAUCUAGACUCCCAUGAGCUGAUGAUUGCUCGCAUCAACCACGAACAUGCCGAACGCGAGAAGCUGGAGCAGGCGCGUCAAGAACUUCUCAAACGCAAGCAAGCUCUUAUCGCGGAGAACAAGAAGCGAAAGGAUGACCUGGCCAGCUUGGACCAAGAUUUAGAACGGUUCAUCGAUGCUGCGAAACCUAUUCAGAAGCUCUUCGAAAAGGAAUACUAG